AUGAAGCAUAUGGAACGAUAUUUGGCGGCAACGUCGGGAAAGGACAACAAGAAAAGUUCUGAUGUUGAUUCUGCAGCUGGCUCACACGAAGCCGUCUUGGUGAAGGUGCAAACUGAUUCUUUGUCUCGGAACUUGGGCAAGGUGGCCCAGAAGUCACCGAACCGGGGGAAGAAGAAUGUCUUGGAAAUUACUAGCCAUGCGGUCGGUGGUAUUCGACAGUCCACGUCGUCCUUUUCUAGAAUUGGAGGAGACUUUGCCUGUGACAUGAGCAUAUACGAUGAAGUUACAAUUGCGGAAGAAACAGUUAUGGAAGACGAGGAGGAAAUCAUUGAAGAAGAAGAAUUAUCGGAAGAGGAAGAAGUUAUCGAUGAAGAAGAUGAAGCUUAUGCUUGGGAUGGUAGUAAGCAUAGCAAUAGUCAGAGAAGCAGGCUGUCACAUCGAUUUCCAUCGAGGUCAUUUAAGAAUACCAUGGAUGGCUCGGCCAGCACCCGAUCGAGCACCAUGUAUGAUGAAGAGACGGUUGUCAGUGAAUCUGCUAAUAGUCGGGUAAGCAAGAUGAGUUUCUAUGAUGAAGAAACAGUUGCGGAACAAACAGUGACAGAAUCAGAUGAGAUGGAAGAACAAACUGUCGUGGAUGGAAACUUGGAUGACUAUGAGAAUGGUGAUGACGAUGGUGACGAUGGCAGCGGUGGUAACAACAGCGAUUUGGACAGUGAUGAUGGAAUGCCAGAAGAUGAUGACGACGAGGAGGAAGAAGAAGAAGUCGACGAGGAUGAGGGUUUCUCAUUGUCCUUCCGACGAGAUAGUAGUAACAGUCAACCAGCUCGAGUCAGUGACAUCACACUGGAUCAUUCAUCGUGGGCACACGACAUGGAUAGUGAAUUUGGUGACGAUGAACAUGAACAUCACAUUCCAAGCAAGGGCGAAGAAGGAUACUGUUUGAAGUUCAAGGAAGGCAACUUUCGAAGUAGUUUGGUAGCUCCCGCAUCAACUCCGACAACGAAAUUCCCGGCACCAGUCACCAACAAAUUUAUCCCGUCCAACAAGUUUGCAGCCCCUCCCAUAGCGAUGGAUAUGAAGACAUCAACGUUUGCUCCCAAAUCGGCACCGCCGCGGGUAUCCAUCAUGCAACAGUUUGCUAACAAACCUCUUCCUGCUGUGACAGAAGCAUCGGCACGGAAGGAACGAGGGGAAAAGAAAAAGAAGCCGCCAAAAUCAUUUGAGGGUGCUGGUGAGAAGAAGGAACUUUUUCUAUUUUGGGAACGAAAAUCAUCAUUGGCUUGA